UCCGCAGACCUAAGAGUCAGAGAUCCUGAAUCAAGGGGCAAAGCCAGAGAGGACUCUCCGGGGAACCGAGGAAAGCGCAAGGGAAGGCCGGCUAAAACGUGUGCGGGCUGCGGUAGAGGGCUGGCGGAGCACGUGCAGGAGCGCAGCCAGAGCGCCACGGGGACUUCUGUCCAGACUCCAGCGCCAGGCCGAGACUCCGACGUAGAGCGGAAGUUCCGCGAGUCCUCGGCGUCAGACCCUGCCAAGGCGAGAGCGGGCCAGACCGCGGAAGCCCGCGCAGCAGGACGUGGCAGCAGUGGCCCUGAGGGUUUCACCGGAGGGGGUGGCGGCGAUGGCGGGGAUACCGGCUGUGGCCGCGGGGGCCAAGUGGCUCGCCAGGAAACCCCGCUUGAUGAAAGACAUCAUGAAGCUGCUGUGCUCCAUCUCUGAGAAUCAGAAGAUGAAGGUGGCUGUCAGGUACUCUAUGGAGAGCGCCCUGAUCACAGGAGGUGUGGUCUUCAUCGGUGGUCUGGUCGGGGGCCCACUCGGACUAGCUGUUGGGGGGGCUGUCGGGGGACUCUACAGUGCAUGGAUGACAAGCGGACGGUUUGAGCCAAUUCCUCAGAUCAUAAAGGAGCUGCCGCCCGCCGAGCAGCAAAAGCUCUUUAAUGAAGCCAUGGCCAUCCUCGGGCACCUGGACUGGACGGACGCUGUGCAGCUGACCACACUGGUCAUGGGCAGCGAGCCCCUGAAGCAGCAGCUACUGGCCAUGGUGAAAGAGUUCCUCAAAGGCCUGUACAUUGACUACAGACCUCCUCCUGGGAUGUACAGGUCACUUAGAUGAUUCUUUGACCCACAGGGUGGUGGACCACUUAGACGGUUCUCCUUGGGUGUGUCUGGGUGGCUCAGUGGGUUAAACUUUUGCCUUCGGCUCAGGUCAUGAUCUCAGGGUCCUGGAAUUGAGC